GAGCAUAUUUGUCAUUAUUGUGUUCGUUUGUAUCGCGCAUUAGUGCAUAUUUUUACUAUAUAAUUUUUGUUUGUUAAAUAUUAUACAUACAAUCGAAAAUGAUACCUUUAGUAAAAAACUUCUUAAAAUUAUCUAAAAAACGUCUAAGGAACCAUCUAGUUCCGUUACGAAUUCCUGUAAGAAAUUAUGAAAUUCCGAAGCACUUACAAGAUGUUGCUUGCGAACCCAACCCGAGUUUCUUCAGAAUGGUUGAGUAUUUCUACCACAAUGCCGUGAAAGUCUGCGAACCGUCUCUGGUCGAUUAUUUGAGCAAGCACACGCACAUGUCGGAGAAGAAGAGGAAGCAGAGGGUAGCUGGCAUUUUGAAGGUGAUGGGCUCUUGUAACAGCUGUCUGCAGAUGGAGUUCCCUCUGCAGCGUAAGAACGGCAACUACGAGAUCGUCCAUGCUUAUCGCUGUCAGCACAGCGUGCAUCGCUUGCCCUGCAAAGGAGGUAUAAGAUUCUCCAAUGAGGUGAACUUAGACGAGGUCAAGGCUUUAGCUUCUCUGAUGACUUUCAAGUGUGCUUGCUCCAACAUUCCUUUUGGAGGUUCGAAGGGAGGUGUAGCUAUCAACCCUAAGACAUACUCUGUCGCUGAGCUGCAGCGCAUCACCAGGCGUUAUACAUUGGAACUUGCCAAGAAGAACUAUAUUGGUGCCGGUAUUGACGUACCAGCCCCUGACAUGAACACCGGGGGCAGGGAAAUGUCUUGGAUUGUGGACACCUACAUCAAGACCUUAGGCUACCAAGAUCUGAACGCGGCUGCGUGCGUGACGGGCAAGCCGAUCAACGGCGGCGGCAUUCACGGCCGCGUGGAGGCCACCGGCCGGGGCGUCUUCAUGACCAUCAACUACUAUAUUCACGACCCCUACUUCAUGAAACUCAUCGAUGUCAAGCCUGGCUUCAAGGGCAAGACUGCAAUCAUCCAGGGAUUCGGUAACGUGGGCUCCUGGGCCGCUGUCUACCUUGCCAAGGAGGGGGUCAAGAUUAUCGGAGUAUUGGAGUGGGAUGUUAACCUCUCCAACCCUGAAGGCAUGAACCCAGUGGAAUUGAUGAAAUAUAUGGCGAAGAACAAAAGGAGUGCCAAGGGCUUCCCGAAUGGCAAAGCGGUCGGUAAAGAGCUUUUGUACGAGAAGUGCGACAUCCUCGUAGUGGCAGCUACGGAGAAGACACUCACUGCGGACAAUGCUGGCAAAAUUAAAGCAAGGAUCGUAGCGGAAGGUGCAAACGGGCCGACGACGCCGUCCGCCGAUGACAUUCUGUUACAAAAGAAGGUUCUGAUCCUCCCUGACCUGCUGACCAACGCGGGCGGUGUCACCGUCUCCUACUUCGAAUUCCUCAAGAACCUCAACCACGUCAGCUUCGGCAAACUAAGCAUCAAGUUCUGGAGGGAUUCUAAUACUGCGCUUUUAGAUUCGGUGGAGAAGUCUCUGAAGAAGGCGAAAGUGGACGCGAAGGUGGCGCCCACCAAGGCGUUCGCGUCCAUGAUGUCGGGCGCCAGCGAGAAGCACAUCGUCGGCACCGGCCUCGAGUACUCCAUGACCAAAGCCUGCAUGAACGUGGCGGCGGCGUCCAAAACCCACAAGUUGGGCAUCGACCUCCGAACAGCCGCCUACAUCACUUCCAUCGAGAAGAUAUUUGUCACGUACGACGAACACGGCCUAGCGUUCUAAGAGGUUAAUUGUUCUAACUGCUAGUCUUGUUCUUUGCUUAGAUAGAUUCUUCACGACUUGUUAUCCGAUUACAAGGAAACACUGUCACGUUGAAGUUCCCCCUACUAUUGAAUAUAUUCUCAGAAUUGUCUGGUGGUCUAAGGGAAGCAUCAUACAUCGCUUCGAACUGUUCCAGUUGCGAAGCUGGUGUGUACAUCUAUAUGACCUUCAAAGAAUAUCUUCUGCAUGUUUUGGUUGAUGGUCACUCUUGUUAAUAAGGGACUUUCAUAAGAUGCCUGGCCAAGGGACAUGUAUAUGAGAGAUAAGCAACCUCAUGGGGACCGUGAGUCGCCCUUCCGUGACGUGAUGUGAUAAGAGUAGCUUACGGGAUAAACAGUUUACUGUACUUAUUCCAGCUCCCGGUUCCUAAUAAACAUAAACGACUCGUUUUACUUACUAUUGGUUGUUUUAUCGUAAGCAAAACGAAUGUUUAUUUAUAGGAGCUGAGCAAUAGUGUUAUGUUACCAGACCAGUCAACGGCCGCGCGAUAGCGGGUGAGUCAAAAUGACGGGUGUAACAUAGCGAACCAAAUUAUACCAAUUGUCAAAAAGAUACCUACUUAGCUACUAUUUAGUAACUAGCUCUAAAAAAAAUAGGUAUCUCUUGAACGAAGUUAUAUCAAAAUUAAGAUACUCACCAUACUGACAUCGAGAUGGUUGUAUUUUAUUUAUCCAUAGCUAACAAAAUGUGUUAACUUACAUAAGAAAAACCUCAUUUUAUGUUUUCACUAACCACCGUGCGGGGGUACAACAACGUUCGUCAGCAACGCGAGAAGUCUUUUAUGUAAUAAAAUAUAACACGAAUAAUGUUUACAACAAAAGUCUGCAACUCGCACAAUUACGCACAACACACUAUCCUAGGUAAUCUACAACAAAAGCACUAGGAUAACAACGUGAGCAGUAAAAGCUAUUGGCUGUGGAUAAAUGAUAAGGGCACGCCUUCGGAUUCGCCGACUACCACUACGUGGUUAGCUAAAGCUCUUGACAUUGUAAUUGCAGAUCGUAUCAGCUGCUUAAACAGAACAGUUUACGAAAUACAGCUGGUUUGCUUUUCGCUGGCUCAAGGGUGGAAUUGAUUUUACUUAAGGGCACUCCGAUUUCUGGUGUCCACAAAAGAACACCUCGGUCAGACCUCUAACUUUGGGGACUUACGCUUUACAUUGUGUACAAUACCAUCCGCUCACGACGCGAGUAGUCUUUUAUAAAUAAAAAUAUAAAAACUAAAUAUAUUUUCAUUAAAAGUCUCAACGCGUCACUGAAAAGAAGUACACGAUUGAUUAGUAUAAUAAUAUAUUUUAUUACGACUUGCAACACGGUUAUCCUAGGUAACCUAAACUAAAGCACUAGGAUGAAUAAAAAUGCAAGUUCGUAAUAUAGUGUCACUAGAGAACUCGGAGUGCGCUCAAUACGAGCGUUAUUUAAAAAGUUAACACUGUUUUACACUAGCUCUGAUUUUCUGUUCAGUGUGAACCAUAAACGAACAAACUGCGGGAGACGCAGGGCGAGGAAUAUUACGCCACGCGCAGAAAACCCGAGACCGUUUCGGUCACAAAAUCACUUUUUUGCAAGUCUUCAAAGACUGUGUGCACAAUAAUACUUAUACAUACAAUGUCUACAAAACUCGUAAACGGCCGCACGUCGGGCGUCGUUCGAGUUUGAAUAAGACUGUUAUGUACAAAAUAAAUGUGCACACAACUAUUGUAUGAAGAAUGCAAAGUGAUAGCAGAAAAGAAUGUAUAUCUAGCGACACUUAGGAGGAGCUUGAGUCCGUAAGGCGAUCCCUAGACGAGCAAUUAAAUUGCGCAAUUACCUGCGUAUAAUUUUUGACCAUACAGGUAAUAUUGAAGAUUGCGCAAUGAUUAUAAAAUUUUGAUAUCAUUUAGUUCUAAAGGCUGUAACAUUUUUUUAGAACUAGUUACAAAAUGGUAAUUUGUAGGCAUUUUUUUUGUAAUUGGUAUAUGUAAUUUGAGUCACUGUUACACCCGCCAUCAGACUCCACUAUUGCGAGGCUUUUGGCAGCCAGAAUAUCCAUGCAUAAUUUGUCUUAUUUAUAAUUAAAAUAAAUAUUUGUUUUUGCAUUUCCGUUACCCGAGACAGCGUCUCACUGUAUCCGUGUUGCCUCGGACCUUGUAUGUUGUCUUGUCCUAAGGCAAGGACGCGUGGGUCAGCCCCAUAAUGUUGUGCUUUUGAGCUCAAACGCAACAUUUAUGCUGAGCGCCUGACCUUUCGCACAGAUAUGACGCAAAAAUAGCAUAUUUAUAGUCUGUAAUAUUUUUUAAUGUUCCUUGUUUUAUUUUUAUUUAAUUUUAUAAUAUCUUACUGUGCGCGAUUUUGUAGUUUCUUAUUUUUAAGAUUUUUAUUUAAAUUUUAAUAAAAGAUUAUAAAAUUUAA